UGACGCCAGACGCAAGCGGGGUGGAAAUGUCUGCCCAGUGCAGUUUUUCUGUGCACAUUCAGCAAGCUUAGCCCAUUGAGACACUCCCCUAUCAUCCUUGACCAGGUCUUUACUCUCCACAAGUACUGAAGGACCGCUCUACUGCAUGACUGAGCAAGAGAAAUGAGCAGAGCCUUUUUUGUGAAACAUCAAGGAAGGUGAGUAUGAUUGUCCCCCCAGGAUCUGUCGUCGUCACAGAUUGGCACAAGACUCAAGAGGGCAAGGAAUACUUCGCCACUCUCUUGCGCCAGAACAAGCGCAGGCUCUUUGGGCUGACUGAAAGGCCAGUGCUGCCCCCACAAGUGGGUGCCGAUAUUGCAAGCUACAAGGUCUUCGUGUCAGGGAAGAGCGGCGUGGGCAAGACUGCCCUGGUGGCCAUGCUGGCUGGUCUGGAGGUGCCGUUGGUCCACCAUGAGACAAUAGGGAUCCAGACCACAACUGUGUAUUGGCCAGCCAAGCUCAGAGAUAGUGGGAAAGCCAUCUUCUUCAAGUUCUCCUUCUGGGACUGUGGCGAAGCUGUCCUUAAGAAGUUUGAUCAUGUCCUGCCGGCUUGCACAGAGAAAGUGGACGGUCUCCUGCUCCUCUUUUCAUUCACAGACCGGGCAUCCUUUGAUGACCUGCCAAACCAAAUUUCCCGGGUGGCUGAUGGAGCCAAUAAUGCCAUCAGAAUGGUGGUUGGCACCAAGUUUGACCAGUUCGCCCACACCGACGUCACAGGCCGGGACGUGGCCGCCUUCUGCCAUACUUGGGGCUUGCCUGUCUUGCGGGCCAAGAGCGUCAACGCACCACGGUUGGCCGACGGACAGACCCUGGACGGCCGUGCUGGACUCUCGGAUGUGGCCCACCUCCUGAACGGGCUGGCAGAGCACCUCUGGCGGCAGGACCAGCUGGUGGCCGGCCUCAUUACUGCCUCCGUGACUCCUGGGCCUCUGGAAGAGCAAAAUCCCUGGUGAAAGUACCCUGGUGUGGCCCAUCUUUUUUUCAUAACUUUCCCCCCAAAAGAGCCAUUGGGUGGCACUCAAGAGCUUUGAGUAAAAAAGGCUUCUGCCAAGCCUGGGCCUGGAGGACCGCUAGGCUGAAGCCAUCGCUGCCAUGGCAACCACAGUGGCAGGAACACAUUAUAGCCAUGCUUAGGAGAGAGCAGGUCUGGCUGAUGGAGAAGAGAGCCUCCUCAAGGCCGGGUGGCCUUCUGAGAGACUCUUCCCCCCGCCACCCUCCACGAAGCCCACAGCACCCUUAUUGUUUGCGCAGAUUAAUCCGGGGUCUGUUAACACUGAAUUUGGGCUCUGGGCUUCGACUUGGUAGGAAGAAGAAUGAGGAAUACUUCUGCCUUCUCCUUAGCCAUGAGCAGGUGGUGUCCCAAAAGGAAAUCGGCCUCUCCCUGUGGUGGAGUCGGAUCGUGCCCACAGGGAGUGGGCAAAGUGUACCCAGCCUUCUCUGUAGUUUGGUGUUGCUUUCACGCCAAGAAAUGGCUUUCAUUUAUCUGAGAGCUUGUGUGGCAUGUGUUUCAUUCUGCUAAAGGCUCAGUAGCAGCAGCCCAACCACCGCCCCCCCAGUCAAGUUUGGGCUCCUGCCGAGGUCAAAACAGCAGCACCCCCUGCUUCUUUCCCCAUGGAUCUCCCCUUGCCCUCCAAAUUCUGUGUAAUGAAAGACUCCGCAGGUCUGGAGAUGCUGUUCGCCUGGAAGGCCCAACUGCUUUGCAGUGAACGCUUCCCAAACGGCAGGCAGCAGAUGGCCCAAAGUGUCUUGGGACUUGCCAUGCUCGCUAUCUGCCAGGCUUACUUGGGGGUAGAAUGGGGGCGCAGGCGCUGUCUCCACAGAACUGCGGCUGCUGGCUGCCCUCCCCUCAGCUCAGUGCUCCUGGGAUGCAGACAGGCUGGUUCUUUCUCUCCCUUUUUUGAUGAUAUUAGAGGUUUCCUGACACAACCCUGCUGGAAGGCUCUGGGUGGGCAGAAAACAGCAGGCCCUCAGGCAGAAAACAGGAGUGUAGAAAAAUGGUUGCAUUUUUAAGAUCCUUGCCCACCGCUGCCUCCCUGCUGAACCUUAAAAAGGCCCCUUCCUACCAAGGGAGCCAGACUCGGUGGCUACAACCCAGGGCUGGCUUCACCUGUGCCCUCAUCCCUCCUGCUGGCAUCUCUUUCAUGGUCAUCGGGGAACUCGGUAGAGCAUGGGGUGCUUAUUCUCAAGGUGAUGAUUGUAGCGGGUUGGACUAGAUGACCCUUGUGGUCCCUUCCAACUCUGCCCUUCUGUGAUGAACGUUAACCCAGUAUGCAGUGUUUUAGCAUUUGCCUUCACAAUCGUCCUCCCAAGAUGGGCCAAUGGGGGCGGGAUUGUAACUGGCUGCUUUUCCCCAAACUCUGUGCUGUGAGAAAUCGUGACGUGCAAGGAAAGGCUCUCAGCCAGGGCCUGACUGCUCCCUAUGUCCACUUAAUCUCUGCCCCCACUGGCGCUGCUUUGCUCUGCGCAGCUUAGAGAGGAGGCUAAUGGGCCUGGGAGGUUUUCCUACCUCUCCGGAGAGGCGGAGGCAACUUCUCAUAUGUCAAUACCCCAGGAUCAACAUCUUUUUAUUAUUAAAGAUUUUCUUGAUUUACAGAAAUAUAUGCAAUGUCUCGUAACAUUUUCACAAAUCGGUUUCAUUUGCUGAGACAUUGGGAAGAAAGAGGGGGAUAGA